UAAAUUUAUGCUAUUUUUAUGAAAUGUAAUGUAAUGUUUCAUAAAGUUGUGCUUAGAGUUUCUCAAUUUGAUAUCAAGAAUGUUACCUCCAACAUCACCAACCUGUCUCAACUUGACUUCAGACGACAACCUUCAACCGCUCUCAUUGUGAGUUACGGGUUACACCAGAAUGGAUAAAAAGAUGCAUACUCCCAUCAAUUGUCUACAGUCCUGUAUUGGUGGAACCCACAAAUCUGCCUAUGUAACAUCCAUCUUGAAGCACCAGAAUACCAGCUGAUUCGUUGCUGUGCUUGUGUGAGAAACCAACCGAAGAUAAUGUCAAUUUCGUGAUGCAUCCUUUCGAUCAAUCAUGCUUACAGUUUAAACAACACUUAAGUGUAUUUAUUGUACGACUACUAUCUAUCUACCCCUCAUGCUUGACAUCAUGCUUUAUUUCUUCUCAGCUCAAACAUCACUUCCCAUCCAACCUAUCAAUAUCAAAACUUAUUUGCAACCCCCAUCACAAAGAAAACAAUAAACCAAACACCAUCAUGUCGCUGAAAGGCAAGGUAAUCGCCAUCACUGGGGGUGCAUCAGGAAUGGGUCUAGCCACAGCCAAGCUUCUCAGCUCACGAGGCGCAAUCGUCUGCAUUGGAGAUAUCUCCCGCGAAUCUAUCGACAGCGCUAUGGGAGGUGUCUUUCCAACACAGGCCAAGGGAUCGAUAGUGGAUGUUUCAAAUCGCAAAUCAGUUGAUGAUUGGAUUGAUGAGAUUGUUAAAGAGUUUGGGAAGCUUGAUGGUGCCGCCAAUUGCGCGGGGAUUAUUAGUAAACAUUUUGGAACAAAAAAGAUUCAAGAGUUGGAGGAUGAGGAUUGGAAUAAAAUCAUUGCCGUCAAUCUCACUGGAAUGAUGUACUCCUUGAGGGCUGAGCUAUCAAAGAUGGAAGAUGGUGGUAGUAUUGUCAAUAUAGCAUCGGUGGCAGGAACACAAGGUUAGUUAUUCUUCGUUUUCCCGUCGAAUGGGUCGAUAACUGAGUUCCUGCUAAUCUUAUGUUCUUCGGUGUAGGUUAUCCAGGAUGCGCUCCUUACGUCGCCAGUAAACAUGGAGUUAUUGGUCUCACUCGUAGUGCUGCGAAAGAGGUCGGUGAUAGAAAUAUCCGAGUGAAUGCUUUAGCUCCAGGUCAAAUCGAUACACCAAUGUUGGCGCAAGGUCGAGAAGUUGCUACUGAGAAUGUAUUCAAUUCUGUUGCCUUGAAUCGAUUUGGUACUGCCGAGGAAAUGGCUGCGAUUAUUGCCUUCUUGUUGUGUGAGGAAAGUUCUUAUGUUACUGGCGCGGUUUAUACUGCAGAUGGUGGAAUCAGUACUUGAAUUAUACAAUUAUACAAUGUUUUAAGUUCUACAGUCGGGUGAAAAUGAGCCAAUUCUGUCGGGGAGGUGCCGCUUCCUUAAGUCAAUUCUAGGAAAUGUGAUAGUAGCGGCUUUCUUUAGUGAUUUUUCAUUGGUGAUCUAAUAAAAUCCUCUACUGAACUUCUAGAACUUUGAGCCUGGCUCAAACUAUGUUUGUACAAGCAGCGAAAUAUGAAGAAUUCCCUCUAAUCAUAACAAGUU